AUGUCUCUAGAGGAUCUAAGACAGAUAAUUCCUACACCGUUGGAGGAGAUCUAUCCAGAGGACGAGCCACAAUUCACGCCUCCCACCCGCAAGAAAAGCUGGGUACACAAGGCGUCAUCGAUCCUACUAAAUAUCCAGAAGUACCUGGCCUACGGGUUCUUGGGAUUCUACGGGCUCCACUUGGCAUCAACAGUCAUUGUUCCCGGGCUAGGAUUGAGCCAGAAAACGUGCCAGAAUGUGUUUGAAAUGGCCAGAAAUGUGUACAUGGGACCCUUAAUGGAGCCUACUAUGGUGUACGCUACCGGUGUUCUCCACGUGGCUGCUGGGGUGGCUCUACGAGUGGUGAGGAGUGUAGCAAGACGUGACAGAAGAGUUCGUAAAGAAACAGACAUCAUCAUUAAAGAAGAGAACAGAGACGAUAUCGGUCUCGGAGGUAUCGGCACCAUCUUUGGGCUUGGGUUCAAGAAGCUGUGGAUCUCAUCGCAGUUCCCCAGCUUCACGCCGUUGACGUUUUCAGGAUACAUCAUGACCGGGGCGUUGGCUUAUCAUUUCGCCAAAAUGAAGUUGGGCCCCGUAGCCAUCGAUGGGGACUCCUCGCUAAUUACCUUGUCUUAUGUGACACACUACCUACACCAGUCUCCGUAUGGGUCAUUGGGAUGCUACUUCAAUUACGCCAUGCUCGUGCUUCUCCUGUGGGUAUCAUUUUAUCACACAGUGAGUGGUUUGUUCAAAUAUAGACGUCAGUUCAGCUUGAGGGCUAAGAAGAUAGCAUAUGGCAUCAUAGCCUUCAUGACAGCACUCAGCGUAUUUUCCAUCACACGCAUGCGCCACUGGAGCUUGGAGGUUGGUUUCUUAGGCAAACAAUUUGCCAAAUACCUCUUUGUGGUGUGA